GGGAGGAAGGAGCAGGGAGGGGGAGGCGAUGCAGCGGCUCAGUCUCAGUCAACAUCAUCGAUAACUAACGAUGAACGUUCUUCAUCUCUGCGGACGGCUGCUCAGUGUUAAGCUCGGUGCUCAGGGAGUCUGAGGUGAGGGAUCAUGGGAGAUGGAGGUCCCCUGCAGACCGAGGGAAAUGCCCUCCUCAAAGCCGUCUUCCAGGGAAAGCUGAGGCUAACCCGCCUGCUGCUCGAGGGUGGCGCCUACAUAAAUGAGGGCAACGAGCGCGGAGAGACCCCCAUCUCCGCCGCCUGCUUGGGGAGCUACGAUGACCCGCAGACCCGGCAGAGGAUGCUGCGUUACCUUCUGGAGAAAGGUGCGGACCCAAACAUCCCAGAUAAGAGCGGCAGGACAGCGCUGAUGCAUGCGUGUGCCGAGCAGGCGGGGAAGGAGGUGGUGACGUUGCUGCUGGAGAACGGAGCUGAUCCCAGCCUCAAAGAUUACUCUGGAUCCUCCGCCCUCGUCCAUGCUAUCAACAAAGGCGACCAUGACACCCUGCAGGUCCUGCUUGAUGCCUGCAAGGCAAAAGGCAAGGAAGUUAUUAUUAUCACCACUGACACGUCUCCGUCAGGAACCAAGAAGAUAAAACAGUACCUCAACUCUCCCCCCUCCCCAGCUAUCGUGGAUAAGUUGUCUCCGGCCUGUAUGUCUCCCUCGGAGGUGGAGAUCGCCACCUCCUCCCCAGGAAGAGAUAAGAGCGACGAAGGGAUUUUCAGCUUUGCCCUCACAUCAGCUUUACCUUUACCUUCAGCUCGACCUCCAGGUGAGAAGAGGCCCCCGCCUCGCAAACUGCUGAAGAGGCUGAACUCGGAGCCCUGGGGCCUGGUGGCGCCCUCGGUGCUGAGCAGCGUUUCUCAGGACCGGGUAGACCGAGGUCUGGAGGAGGAGAGUUGCUGUGAUCUCAGCAGGACGGUUGCUGAGAUUAACGGCCUGUCAAUCACAGAGCCGGUCAGACCUCUGCUGUCACGGCGACACAGCAUCGAAACCCAUGACCCCUGCUCCCCCAAACUCAUGGACCGGUCCUGCUCAGAGGACUGCCCCACCCUCUCUGGCUCCUGGGCUGACAAAGUUCAACAACACCAGAUCUUGUAUCGUAGGAACACGGCCCCGGAGUCACAGGAAAAUGCUGGAGGACCUGGGGCAGUUCCAGCUCGGGUCCUGGCUUAUCCGAAACUGACCCGGAUGGAGCACUAUGAGUCAGACACUCACCUCUGUCCAGAGUCCAUCCCUGGAUCUCCAGACUCGGGUCGGGUGUCUGUGGAGCGGAGGAGGUACAAUGCCUCCCCCAUGUCCCUGUUCACCAGCUCCCCCAGGGAGUCACUGGAGAACAUCCCCAACUCUGUGUCCCCCAUUACCAUGCGCCGCCGUCCCCCAGGAAUCCUGGAGCGAAGAGGCUCUGGGACUCUCCUGCUGGACCACAUCUCCCACACCAGACCUGGCUUCCUGCCUCCACUCAACAUCAACCCUCAGAGACCCAUCCCCGACAUCCGUUCAAAUGGUAAGUCCACCUCCCCGGUUCAUGCUGCACACAAGAUCCUGGUCCCGGUGGCCCCGGCUUCGCCCAAAAGGGGGCUGGACUUCAAGAUGAAAAAGAAACUCAUGAGGAGACACUCAAUGCAGACGGAGCAGAUGAAGCAACUCUCCACCUUCCAGGAGAUUCUGGCUGAGAAGGUCGUUGAGUCCAAUGGAGAUUGAUGACAGGAGGCUUCGGAGCAAGGCAUGAUGGGUAGCUGAAGAGAUGUAACCAUGACGAACACAUUUAAAACCACAUCUUUGUAUCUGUGGAGAGCUGCAUCUACGAGGAGUUCCGUUAAACCAGAUUUAAAUCUGAAACUAGAAUCUGAUUCUGAGUUAACAUCAGAUUAAUUUAAGGUUGUAACAAACAGAACUUCCUGAAAACUUCGUGAAGUAAAUCUCAGAGGUGGAGUCAUGUGACACCUGUUUCAAGAGCUUCAGGUUUGCAUUCACAUGAAUCUUAGAUAUUUUGACUUCACGACUGAACUGUCGAUGAAUCCAGAGUCCGGACUUAAAAUGAGCAGGUCUCUUCUGUUCAGGUCCUGAUUGAGUCGCCCAAGUUCCCUCUGAGCUGAACCAAUCACAAACUCUUCAAAAUAUAACAUUUCCUCCAGUCGAGUAGAAAAAUAUUUAUUUCACAGAGAAAAGCGACGCGAACGUUUGUCUCCCCUUCGACGAUUUAAAGUGUCGACGACCAGGAGACGUGUUUGAGAUUAUUUUGCUUUGAAACUGAGGAGUCUGAAGGCAGCACCAUCUGCUGGACAAAUACGAAACAAAAAAGAAAAUAUAAAGUCAAUAAAAUUCACAGUUUGUCGUUAAGUUAAAUGUCACAUUUUUAAUGAAAGGUCAGAAAUUAAUGACAUUUAUUUAGUUUCAUAUAAUCUUUGCUAAGGAAACAUUAAACAGUGGAGUUCAGGUUUCGAUCAGAUGAAACAUUUAUUUUCGGAGUUUUGUCGAGUCGUCGUCGUCGUCGUCUGAUGAACCACAGGAAGUUUUCUGGGUUCAAAUUUCUUCACUUUCCUGAAGCUUCCUCUUUUAUCCACUUCAUUUAAAAACUGAUGAAUGUGACGACGCUCAGACUUGAUGUUUACAGAUGCACUAACUUGCACCAAGGUCGUGUCCAUGUUCCAGCUGAAGAAGACGGUCGGAGGCUCUGAAAACUAAAAAUAACAUAAUGAAUUUUGUUUCAUUCAUUCAUAAUGAAUCGACUUUGCUGUUCAUACAGUAACUUUUCACUGUUUCAGUGUAAAUGAAUCUUUAUUUCACAGAGAAAACGUCGCAACACACGAAACUUAAGGUCUAACUCUCAAAGACGCUGUGUUGUCUGUAAAUACCGGAACGACUCCUGGUUCAGCCACAGGUCAAAGGACAAAGGCCCAGAGUCCAGUUCAGACUGAUCCAGCACAGAAGUUGUUCACAAACUGAAACUAAAGAAUGUUUCACCACUGAUGAAAACGAGAAAAAUAAACAUUAAGAAUCCUGUUACGUCGUCGUGACGACCAGGCAGUGAGUCAAACAGGCCACACAUCAUCAUUAACAAACUGCAGCUGAUGAACCAAUCAAACACACCGAGUUCAGCUGUUCCAUCAAUUCCAACUCAUCGCUGUGGUUGCCAUGGUUUCUGAAUCUUCCCUGUGACUGUAAAUAUUGGAACAAUUAAAAACUACAGGAAGUGAAGUUGUAGUUUUUCUCCUGGUUGUCACAGAGUCUGUUUCAUAUUUGAAGAGUUUUGUUCCUCAGCUGAUUCACUGUUGAUCUGGAUUCCAAAACCGUUUCUCCAUGAUGUGAACAGUGGAACCUGUCAACCUGUCUGGUUCAGACUGGUUGAAUCUGGUUCAGACUGGUUGAAUUUGGUUGUCUGGUUAAAUCUAGUUCAGACAGGUUGAAUCUGGUUCAGACUGAUUGAAUCUGGUUCAGUCUGGUUAAAUCUAGUUCAGACUGAUUGAAUCUGGUUCAGACUGGUUGAAUCUGGUUCAGUCUGGUUAAAUCUAGUUCAGACUGAUUGAAUCUGGUUCAGACUGGUUGAAUCUGGUUCAGACUGAUUGAAUCUGGUUCAGACUGAUAAAAUCUAGUUCAGACUGAUUGAAUCUGGUUCAGUCUGGUUAAAUCUAGUUCAGACUGAUUGAAUCUGGUUCAGACUGGUUGAAUCUGGUUCAGACUGAUUGAAUCUGGUUCAGUCUGGUUAAAUCUAGUUCAGACUGAUUGAAUCUGGUUCAGUCUGGUUAAAUCUAGUUCAGACUGAUUGAAUCUGGUUCAGACGUGGGUCCGGACCUUGCUGUUGUUGAUACUUGAAGUUUAAACUAAAAGUAUUUUUGUAAUCCCGUCAGCUGACAGAAACAUCUGUUGAAUCUGUGUGAAUCUAUUUUUCUUCUUUGGUUGUGACGCAAACUGUGGAAUAAAAACUUGUUUCAUCUUC